AUGGUUGAAACAACUGCAACUGCUACUGCUGAAGCAAGCAGUGCUGCAAAAACUGUAGCCUAUGAUGCUAAUCAUCCCUAUCAUCUCAACAGUUCUGACUCUCCUGGAAUGACAUUAGUCAACUCUGUAUUUGAAGGAAGAGGGUAUCCAGGAUGGAGAAGAUCCAUUCUCCUGUCUCUAUCAGCCAAGAAGAAGCUUGGCUUUAUCAAUGGAGACUGUCAACCUCCAGAUUUGAAAUCCCCAGAGUAUGAGCAAUGGAGUUGUGUGAAUGACAUGGUCAUUUCUUGGAUCCUAAAUGCCCUUUCAAAGGACAUUGCAGAUAGUGUCAUUUACUCCAAGACUGCUAAAGAUCUUUGGGACAGUCUUGAGCAAAGGUUUGGAAGAUCCAAUGGAGCUAAGCUAUAUCACCUGCAAAAGGAAUUAUCAGGGUUAGUGCAAGGAAACUGUGACAUAGCAGGAUACUUUACUAAGCUCAAAAGAUUAUGGGAUGAAUUAGAUGCUUUGAAUGCAAAGCUGACAAAAUCCCUGGAAGAUCAGAGAUUAAUUCAAUUCCUAAUGGGUCUAAAUGACACCUAUGCUCAGGCAAGAGGGAACAUUCUUAUGAUGAACCCUCUACCUAGCAUGGAUGUUGCUUAUUCACUCCUCCUGCAAGAUGAGAAUCAAAGGGAAGUGUAUGCUAAUGCACAAUUCAACUCUCCACCAGUGUCAUUCAUGGCAGCAGGAGAAGAUAAGGAACCUAAUGCACAACUACUAGCUGACUUUGCAGCUUUCAUGAGCACAGGACAAGGCAAAAAAACUUUUUACGAAAACGGGGGUUAG